AACAAGAAGCACUUCACAAUCCAAAUAUUUUCAGUUGGAAAUCAUUAAGUAUCAACUUACAGUAACUGAGGCUGUAAAGUGCUUGGCAUUUGUCCAAGACAUUGUGGGAAAUCCCAUUGCCUCCAUAUAUGGACAUCCUGCCUGCCAGCAUCUAAAACCACGCUUCACUUUCCUCUUAGAGAGAAAAGAAACUGUUCAGCAUUGGAUCAAACCAAUGAGAAGCCUGUGCACUCAAGUUUCCAACCAAUGAAAUUUCACAACAAGAAAGUGAAAGGAAUCCAGACUGUAUAAAUGUGAAAGAUGCUGGUUAGCUCAGGAAACAGACAUGUGGUACUGCGGAGUGUCGCUAUUGACAGAGAAAUCAGGAGCUAUGAAGCUGCUUCCAGAAAAUAUCAAAGUGCUUUAUUUUGCUAGUGACUGUGUGGAGCCAUAUGUCCAGAUCGUCAAAGUACAAGAAGCCAAGCGUCGACUGAGUCUGUGUAGCUCUGACGACUCUGAGGCAGAGGAGCCUGAGUACCAGGAAGAAGAUGAGGACAUCCUCCCUGUGCUGGGAGACCACAGCCAGCUGCUGGAUGACCACCAACUGAAGAGACUUGCUGCUCAGAUGCCAGCAAGGACCCAGGGGUAUCCAUGGCAGCUGGUCUACAGUACAGCUAUCCAUGGCAGCAGCCUGAAGACUCUGUACAGGAACAUGGCCGGCCUGGACAGCCCUGUGUUGCUUGUCAUUAAAGACAUGCAACAAAAGGUGUUUGGUGCUUUUUCUUCUGAUCCAUUCAAAGUCAGUAAAUACUCCUACGGCACAGGAGAAACCUUCCUGUUCAGCUCCAACCCUGAAUUCCAGGCGUACAGGUGGAGCGGUGAGAAUUCCUACUUUGUGAGUGGGAACCUGGAGUCUCUGCAGAUUGGUGGCGGAGGGGGUGGAUUUGGCCUGUGGCUGGAUGCUGAUCUGUACCAUGGUUCAAGCUUCUCCUGUCCCACCUUCCACAAUGUGUCUCUGUCAUCGCAGGAAGACUUCAUUGUACAAGACCUCGAAGUUUGGACUGUUCAGAACUGAUAGAGAACAUCUAAAACGACGAGAUAAAACAAAGUAAAACCCAGAAUUGUCUGGGGUAACAGAACUCCUAGACUAAAAGGCUGUACGCGUGGUUCAGCCAUGACCUGAUGGAGCAGCUGCUGUAAAGUGCACCUGGCUCAGACUCAGGCCUGGUCUGGUUCACGGCCUGGGCUUCAUGUUCAGUUUUGGGGUGAUCUGUGCCUGUUAGAAUCCAUGUGGCAGGAUUAAAAUCUGCAGAUCUGGGUCCUCUAACUGCAAACUUCCAGCCAGUCACCACUAUCCCAAUGCUUGGCCAAGUUAGUAACAUGGGAUCUAAAGCGUAAAGGCUUCCAUGGCUCUUCUUUGUUAUAGAGAGCAUUAUAAUACAAAAGCCAGAGUAACACUGUUGGAUUAAAAGUUUGUUACGAUAAGCACAUAAGAAAAGUAAGAAUUGUUUUUUCUUCCUUUCAAAAAACAAUGUGAAACAUUUGGCACAUAUAAAUAGUGUUUACAGAACAUGUAUGUGUGCAUAGGGCUGAACAAUAUUCCUAAAAAUAGAAAAUGUUCAGUAUCAUGUAUGUUGUUGUUGUUUUUUUAAAUCUACAGCUUUUACUAUUUUCCACAUUUUUUGUGGAAACUAUGAAAAAAAAAUUAUGCAAAGUUUUUUCAAACAAGCUGACUGUUGUUUAACCAUUUAAUGACCUGAGCUAAAUGCAGAAAGCUUUUCCAAAAACAUGAACCACAUUACAGGCUUGAUUCUGAGAAAAAAACAAAUAAAGUAGAACGAAGAAAUCAAAAUAUUUGAUUUCCUUUUAUUAAAGAGUUUCUUUAGCGAGCCUUUUGAUUCUGAUCUACAAAGCCUGACUAUGUUUUCAACUAUAUUUAAAAAAACAAAACCUGUGGCCCACGAGCGAUUCUAACACGACAAUUUUGGCCCGCAAGAAAAAAGGUUUGGACACCACUGGCCUAAAGGAUUAUGAAGCAUACUUGGCACAUACAGGGCUUUUCAUAUCCUCAAGACAAAAGAAUAAAAUAGGUAAUUUUUGGUUUGAACACUGGAACAUGAUAGGACCCGCAUCUGAACUCUGAAUGUACUUUUUUUUUCUUAAGUUUUUUUUCUAAAUUAUGUAUGUUUUGACUGUUCACCAUUUGAAUACUAAAGCUAAAAAUUAAGAACAAGGAAACUGGCUUGAAAACAGAAGCAUAGAAUUGUCCUACUGAAACUUCUUCUCAGUGAUGUGUGAAGUUUGUGGAGGAAGGUACCUCAACCGUUAACUGUAACUUCUCCUUUUUUUUUGGAAGUGACACACCUGCCUUCUUAUUUGCAUGAAUUUGAAAUGUUUUAUGACAUCAUUUUAAGUUAAAUAUAAAAAUGUAUUUGAAGAAUAUUUAAAUAGGAAAGCAAAAGAAAUAGAUAUUUUCCCUGUUUGUAUGUUGUUUUUUUGUAUCUCAUUUCUCCAAGUUUGAGUCUGUCAGGCAGUGCUGGUAUUAUUGCUGAUAUUGUGUUGUGGAACCACAUUAAAAUGUUGUCUUUCCUGGUGAAAUACAAGCUUUAUGUAAUUGUGAAUAAAAUUCAAAAACAAAAUAUCACCUUUUCACAAAGGAAGCUGUUUGUUCAGUUUUGUUCUUGUAAGCAUUAAAAGACUUCAAAGUAUAAA